AUUAAAUGGGGAAUGGUUGCUCAAAUUAAAGGGAAAUGACCCAAGUAUCAUUAACAAUAAGACAAGACUCAUUUCCAUAAACUAAAUAGCAGGAAAGUGCUUAGAUGAGUUGCUUCAUACCAUCAAGCCAAUUAACACAAGCAGAAACGCCUCAUGCAUUGCUGCCAUCUCCAUCGAGACAAAGUAUUUCUUUUGAGAAUGCCAUCACUUCUAAAGUGAGAGUGCCAUCAGAAGAGAGUCAGUUUUAAAAAUAAUUCUCAUAAAUUGCAGAAAAUUAGACAACUAUAAAAUCAAAGAGCAAGAAACCUAUUGAUAAUUAAAAUUAGCAAAAAAAACAAAAGGACAAAAAAGGCAAAGAGAAGGAAAAAGAAAUAAUGCCAAGGCAUCAUUCAUCGAGUCCCAAAAAAGAACGUAGGCAAUAGAUUUCACCGCAAAGAAACAUCAACUAAUAAUCAAUGAAUUAAAACAGCACAAUUAGAAAUAAAUCCUCCUCAUUUUAGAAGAAAAAUGUUAAUUAAACAAACGAAAUUGCAAUUAUUUCAAGGAGAAAAUUUUCUGAUCUACCUCCGAAAACUGAGAAUACUCAAUCUAAAAGGAAGAUCAGCAAUACAGUGGAUGAUCACAAUGCUCAAGUGAGUUGGGAUAGCAUUUCUAAAGUAAAAUCAUUUACUCCUAGUCCUAUCUUGAGUAAAAAAGCUUCAGAUAAUGAAACAAUCACUAUCAAGAAGAAGAAAGUCCGAUUCCAUGAUUAAAAUAUUAUUAGAUAUGGUUUUGCUAACUGAAAAUAAGUGCAAGAGAUGAGC